AUGGCGGACAAACCUCUCACGCUGUUUGUGAGAUUAUGUGCCGCCGGGUUCUACGGACUCAGCUCGUUUCUCAUCGUGGUCGUCAACAAAAGCGUCCUCACCAACUACAGAUUUCCUUCUUCAAUAUGCGUUGGAAUUGGCCAAAUGCUGGCCACAGUGGUCGUGUUGUGGGUGGGCAAGGCGGCGAGGGUGAUUAGCUUCCCUGACUUUGAUAUGAGCAUACCUCGGAAGACAUUCCCUCUACCUCUUCUAUUCGUGGGGAAUCAAAUUACAGGGCUCUUUGGGACCAAAAGAUUAAACCUUCCCAUGUUUACAGUUCUCAGGAGGUUCUCUAUUUUAUUCACAAUGCUGGCGGAAGGCUAUCUUUUGAAGAAGAAGUUCUCCAGACCGGUGCAGUUAACUGUAUUCACCAUGAUCCUUGGGGCAUUCAUAGCCGCCAGUGCUGACCUGACUUUUGACCUACAAGGCUAUGUGUAUAUUCUUCUGAAUGAUGUCCUCACUGCAGCUAAUGGGGCCUACGUGAAGCAAAAACUAGACACCAAGGAGCUGGGCAAAUAUGGAUUACUCUAUUACAACGCAUUUUUUAUGAUCCUCCCCACUAUUAUGCUGGCAGAAGCAACUGGCGACAUGCAGAAGGCAGUGGAGUAUGAAGGCUGGUCAGAUGCACUGUUCCUCUCACAGUUCGUCCUGUCCUGCGUCAUGGGAUUUGUCCUAAUGUACUCUACCGUGCUCUGUACUCAAUACAACUCUGCACUGACAACUACAAUAGUUGGCUGUAUCAAAAAUGUGCUGGUGACUUACAUCGGAAUGGUGUUCAGCGGAGACUACAUCUUCUCAUGGACGAACUUCAUCGGCUUAAACAUCAGUAUUGCAGGCAGCCUCGUCUACUCCUACAUCACUCUCACAGAGGAUCAAACGAACAAGGCAAACGAGAACAACAAACUGGACAUCAAAGGCAAGGUCAUUGUUUGA